CUCGUUUCUUAGGAGCUCAGCAGUUGAUGGACUGUUAUCCCAAGAGCAGUGACAAGAAAUCAUUAAAGAAGUGGUUUUUUAUUGACAAACGUGUUGGGUGAAGUGGAAAUCUGAUAGAUAUCAGUUCGAUUGGUGCUCAAUUCUCCUUAAUUUUGUUACAUUGUUGCUGCACUGUAAACUGGUUUACAAACCUGGAUCCCAUGGACUUGAAGUCAAAUCAUAAUCCUGUUCUCACGGAUACUGCACACAUAACAAAGUCAAGACUGGGUGUGCAUUCUAGUUUGUUGCCUUACUCCCAUCCUGGGGCAACCUUUCCACAUGGUUUGUUGUUGAAUAUCCCAAGGAGGAAGACAGGAAUUCUUGAAGAUGUCCGUUCUAGUGGUUGGUUGGAUGCCAUGAAAUCAUCUUCGCCUCCACCCAAGAAGAUAGCAAAGGAUGUUUGUCAUGGGUUUGCAUCACCUGAAGCUGAUACUGCUAGUGCUUAUUUUAACUGGCUGCUAAAAUAUCCAUCAGCUCUAAUGUCUUUUGAGCAAAUCAUGAACUAUGCUAAAGGCAAGAAAAUCGCAUUGUUUUUGGAUUAUGAUGGAACUCUUUCACCAAUUGUGGAUAAUCCUGACUGUGCUUUCAUGUCUGACAAUAUGCGUGCUGCUGUUAAAAAGGUGGCAGAAUAUUUUCCAACAGCAAUAAUUAGUGGAAGAAGUCGCGACAAGGUAUCUGAAUUUGUAGGACUAACAGAACUCUAUUAUGCUGGUAGUCAUGGGAUGGACAUCAUUGGCCCUGUUAGACAAUCUGUAUCUGAUAACCACCCAAAUUCAAUCAUUAGGCAUACAGACAAGCAGGGUAAGGAAGUUAAUUUAUUCCAACCUGCUGCUGAGUUCCUUCCCAUGAUUGAUGAGGUAUUGAAGUGUCUCGUUGAGAUUACGAAAGACAUUAAAGGAGCAAAAGUUGAGAACAAUAAAUUUUGUGUAUCUGUACAUUACCGCAAUGUAGAUGAGAAGAGUUGGGAUAUGGUGGGGCAAUGUGUUCAUGAUGUUCUGAAGGGCUAUCCACGUUUGCGAUUAACUCAUGGGCGCAAGGUUUUAGAGGUCCGACCCGUGAUUAACUGGGAUAAGGGAAAAGCUGUCACAUUUUUACUUGAGUCCCUUGGACUUAGCAAUAGUGAUGAUGUGCUUCCUAUUUAUAUUGGAGAUGAUCGGACAGAUGAAGAUGCAUUUAAGGUUUUGAGAGAGGGAAAUAAAGGUUAUGGGAUCUUAGUGUCUUCAGCACCAAAGGAAAGCAACGCAAUUUACUCUCUUCGGGACCCAUCGGAGGUCUUGGAAUUUCUCAAGUCACUUGUGAUGUGGAAGUCAAGCCCCAUAAAGAGUCUUAUAUAGUGUAUAGAGGAGUAGAUACUCGGCUAUACUAUAUAAUAAUAAAAACAAACUUUCCAAGAGUUUUCCUGGAGCAGAUUUACGCACAGAAGACCUAUCUAGUGGUUUUUGCUCAAAGGUCCUGUCGUAACUGUAAAUUCGUGGCUCAUAAUUAUAUAUGUCUUAAAAGAAUUAAAGAAAGUCUAUAGAGUUUUUUUUUUUUUUUU